CAGUUGGUGGGGUUAUAAGUAGGAGGAAGCUGAUUCUUGUCUGACUUCUACUGCUGUUGGUGAAAUCUCGCCGCCCUUUUUUUUUCCAUUUAUUUCUGGAUUGCCAAGGGAAAACCCUCGUUCUCUGGCAGAACAGUUUCUCUUGUUCUUAUCUAGAACGGAUAUAUUUUGAUUAUCAUUCGCCAACACUACAGAAAGUGAAAAAUGGCCGCCACAUUUUCCUACGCCCAAGCAGCAAAAGGGUUGCCGGCAACACAAUCGCCCGCUUCGAAACCCGAGGAGCAAAAUACCGAUUCCAACGUGCAAGCGAACGAGGUCCCUGAGAUUACCGAAACGGAUGCUCUUGCUGAGGAAGAGAAGACCAUCGCCCCUAGUGACAAGGAAGCGGAACCCGUUGCGGCCGCCCAACAGGACAUCUCCGGGACAUCUUCUCCCAGUGUUGCCAACUCGUCCACCACCGCACCAAAGGACGAAGACUCGAAUACAAUGAACGGAUCCUCGGAGUCGACAUGGGACAAGCAGUCCCAGGCAUCGGGACCCGAGAAGCCCACAGAAGAGGCCAAUGAGAAGUCUGAUGAGAAGAAGGAUGUCCCACCACCAAAGGAGCUCAAGGCAGCCCCUCUGCCUGUUGUCAACGUCUGGCAGCAAAGGAAGGAAGCACAGGACGCUAGGGUCAAGGCCGUCGCGGCUUCGAAACCUGCUUCUACCAAGACUGGAGCCUCCAAGAAUGCAUCAGCGGCGUCUUCGACAACAGGGGAACCCCAGCAGGAAUUGCCCAAGGUGGCAUUGAAGAAGAAGGGAGCAGAUGGUGCGCCUGAGGGUGUUAAGCGGAAUAAGGCCGACGGAGCCAAGGGCCGCGAUGAGGAUGUACACCCAGUGGCCGAUGCUUCCAUGUGGCCUACCCCCCAGGUUGCCCAGGGUGAGGAGAAGAAGAAGGCUCAGGAAAAACUCGAAAAGACCGAUAAGACUGAGAAGACCGAAAAGAACGCUGGUGCCCGUCAUGGCAAGGAGAAGUGGAUGCCCGUUCCCUAUGUGCCCAGCGCAGUCUUCAACACCCCGCUUCCGACCGCUGGUGCUCGCAGAGGUGGCCGUGUCGCACGAGGUGGAAGGGAGGCUGGUCGCCACGGUCCCCACGGCGCCGCUGCCGCUGCCGCUGCUGCCGAGAAGACCGCUUCGAACCAAGCCCCCCAAAGUGCUGCCAAGCAGAUGGCUUCCGAGCCGAACACUGGCCGUGCCAACUCUUUCCCUUCGAAACGAUCCAACAGUGCGGAGGCUCCUGCCGGUGCCCCCGACUCGCGCAAGGGCACUGACCGGAGCCGUGGUCCCAAGGGAGCGGACGACACAAACGCUGGCAAGCAGGCCAACGGAGACUCAUUCCCUCGUCAUGCCAAGGGCUUCUCGAGGAAUCACGAGUCUGCCCACAGGGGCGACAGGACUCCUCUGUCCGUUGAUCCUCAGGCCCGCAAUGGUGUGACCCAGGACCGCCGUUUCGAGAAUGGACCCAAGUCUGCUGACUUUGGCGGUUUCCACGCCGAUCGCGAGAACCACCACAACCACCACCACCGGGAGCGUGGUGAUUCUCGUCCCGAGCGCGGACGGGGUGGUUCUCACCGGGGCCGCGGUGGCCAUUCGGGACAUGGCUCGCAAGCCCCCUUCUACAACCCCAUGCAGCACUCCUUCGUCCACCCCAAGUCGUUUGGUUACAACAAGAGCAUGAACAACCGCGUUCCUUUGCGGUCUCCCUCGCUGCCUAACUCGGCCAUGUAUGGUGUCUACCCCUUCCCUGCCGACAUCAACACCAUGUAUGCUGCCUAUCAGCCUAUGCCCGCCGGCCCCAUGACGGCGUUCCCUUACCAGCCUUACAUGGAGCCUUACUCUCUUAUGAGCAUGAUUUCGAUGCAACUUGAAUACUACUUCUCCGUUGACAACCUGUGCAAGGACUUGUUCCUCCGGAAGCACAUGGACUCGCAGGGAUUCGUCGCAUUGAACUUCAUUGCCAACUUCAAGCGGAUCAAGACUCUGACUGAGGACUACGAACUCCUCCGUCAUGUUUCGCGUCAACUCCGGACUGUCGAGCAUUACGUCGGCGAAGACGGUGUCGACCGUUUGCGCUCAAGAGAGCAGUGGGGACAGUGGGUCUUCCCUAUCGACCAGCGUGACCCCUCUGCUCAGAGCGAAGGCCCCCCUCCGUCGCGGAUCGAGAGCUCGCCGGCCCAGAAUCAUGUCGAGGGAGCUGUUAACGGUGUGAGCCACCAUCACUCGCUGCCAAACGGCACUUCUGUUUCGAAGACGUCUUUGUCCUCGACAGCCCCAGAGUUCUCGCCGUCCAAGCCUCUGACUCCCCAGAAUGAGGUCGCAAAUGCAAACUAAACAUAGAAGCGGCUUCAUUCUUCUCUUCGCCUGGGAUGUCGGCGGUCGGUGGCCUUUCACAACCGAUUGACAGUCUGCAACAGUUGUCCGCCGAUUUUCUGACGAAGAAGCGAGUUUACCCUAUGAAUUUCGUUUGAAUCUUUUUCACGAAUCAUAUGCUUUUCGAAAAACGAGUUCCUGAGAAACGAUUCUUUUCACUGCGAUCCGACACGUUCUGUAUCAAUUCUGAUCGCGAUUUUUGGUUCAAAAAUUUCAACGCACAAAUGUACAAUGAGUUUAGGAGUUUAGCGUUUGACGAUUACUUGUACGACGCUCCAGCAACGGGUUCAACAGGCUGAUUUGUUUUAUGGUACUUCUUUUGCGACGAGGCUGUGCGACGAUAUUGUUCUGGAUCUUGGC